UACAGCAAGCAAAUCCUGCCUUCUCUUUAGAAACAGAGAAAGGUCAGCAAGAAUGAGCAGGUCACCCUCUAUUCUAGUUGCAAUACUUUCUGCAUUUCUGUUUUCGAUUUCAUGGGUACCUGCAGCUUCAAACCCAGUCAUACAAUCCAACUUUCUCCAAUGCCUUUCUUCCCAUUCUCAAUCCUUCAUUCCACUCUACACCAGAACCAAUUCUUCUUAUUCAACAAUUUUAGAAUCUACCAUAGACAACCUCAGAUGCUAUUCCCUUGCAAUACCAAAACCUCUGCUUAUUGUUACACCCAAGCAGGAAUCCCACAUCCAAGCAACUGUUUAUUGUGCCAAAAGCUAUGGCCUACAGUUUAGAGUUCGAAGCGGUGGUCACGACUACGAAGGCCAAUCCUAUGUUGCAGAUUCUCCCUUCAUUAUGCUUGACAUGACCAAUUUUAGAGAUAUCAAUGUCAGUACAGAGGAUAACAGUGCAUGGGUUCAGGCUGGUGCAAUUCUUGGUGAACUCUAUUACAAAAUUGCACAGAAAAGUAAGUAUCUUGGUUUCUCAGCAGGACUUUGUCCCACAAUAGGUGUUGGUGGGCACUUCAGUGGAGGUGGAUUUGGUCCUAUGGUGAGAAAGUACGGUGUCGCUGCUGAUCAUAUUGUCGAUGUUCGAAUGGUUGAUGGUAAGGGUAGAAUUCUCACCAGAGCAACCAUGGGGGAAGAUCUAUUUUGGGCAAUCAGAGGAGGUGGAGGUGCAAGCUUUGGGGCUAUAAUCUCAUAUAAGAUAAGUCUUGUUGCUGUUCCACCUACUGUCACUGUUUUUAGUGUGUCCAAGACUUUAGAAGAAGGUGCUACCAAGCUUCUCUAUAGAUAUCAACAAGUUGUUGACAAGCUCCAUGAAGAUCUCUUCAUCAGAGUUUCCAUUCUUCCUACUACCAAUAAGAGUGGGAACAAAACAAUACUGGUAGCUUUCACUUCUUUGUACCUUGGUGGCUCCAAAGAACUCCUUCCUUUGAUCAAGAAAAGCUUCCCUGAAUUGGGUGUUCAAAGCAAGGACUGCAAAGAGAUGAGUUGGAUUCAAUCUGUACUUUAUUUCGCCGGCUAUACUAAUGGAGAAUCCAUAGAUACCUUACUCAACAGAACACCACAAUUCAGAGGUUACUUCAAGGGGAAAUCAGACUUCGUCAAGGAACCGAUCCCGGAAACUGGGUUGGAAGGUCUAUGGAAAAACAUAUUGGAAGGAGAUACUUUCUUGAUGUUUUUCGUUCCUUUUGGUGGAAAGAUGAAUGAGAUUUCAGAAUCUUCAAUUCCUUUCCCACACAGGAAAGGAAACAUAUAUAACAUUCAGUAUGUGGCAAGAUGGACAGAACAAGAAAAUCCACAAGCUGGCAAACAUAUAGCUUGGAUCAGAAAGUUGUAUGACUACAUGGCUCCUUAUGUUUCCAAGAACCCAAGAGCUGCAUAUCUCAAUUACAGGGAUCUUGACUUGGGAAGGAAUGGUCAUGGAGAAACAAGCUACUCUCAAGCUGUGACUUGGGGAUCUAAGUAUUUCAAGAAUAACUUCAAUCGCUUAGUGCAAGUGAAGACCAAGGUUGAUCCAGGUAAUUUCUUCAGGAAUGAGCAAAGCAUUCCACCAUUGAGAAUGGGUGCAGAGGGUGUCCUUGUUAAUAAAUAAGGUGCUUUACUAAUAGAUAAUAAAAAAGUAGUAGAAUAAAGUCAUCAAAGGUGUCAUGAAAAUGUUUAGAUAGGAUUUUUUUUUUUAUGUUCUUUGUAUUUGAAUUAUGACAAGAUUAAUAAAUGUGAGUUUGUAUUGACAGUUGCUCUACAUAAUUUUAUAGUUUUCAU